AAGAAAUCGCGAAGAAAAAGACUUUCAAGAAUUUGAAGCAUGCACGGAGAGAUUCCUUAGAAACGAAAUGGAUUGGGAAAAAAUGUUUAAUGCUAUUGAAUCUGGAAAAGAGACAUCUAAAGACAUGAUUAUUUUUACUACUGCUGCUCUUGGAUUAUCUGACGAAAUAAAGGAAACAACUAACAAAUCAAUCGAAGUCUAUAAUAAUAACAACGAUGAAACUACGUCCUCAUCUCAUAAUUCCUUGGUAAUACGCUCACGUGUAACUAGAGGAUCUCAUAAAUCGACAGCAGCGCCUUAUACUAAAAAAACACCAAUGGUAACGAAAAUUACAAAACCGCGUUCAAAUAUUAAAGCCGAUGUUUCUCCUGAAAAUCCGAUUCAAAUUUCCGUCAAAGACUCACAACACUCGAGCUCUAUGGUUAUAACUUCGAACAAGCUAAAACAUCGUCCAAGCAAACUCUAUUCGAGGGACAAGGCUCAUCCAUAUAGACGGGCAGAUAAACAAAAAUGUCUUAAUUCAAGCCCACCGAAUGCAAUUGUGAAAACAUAUGAUAUUGAUGAAUAUUGUUCAAGCUGGCAAAUGAAUACCAAUGAAUACGAAUCACCAUCAUUAUCAUCAUUGACCGAUUUUUUACAAAACCAAUUUACAGAUCCUAUAAAUAAUACCUUUAACUAUUAUCAUGACAAUAAUUUCGUUCAAUAUAAUUUUAAUGAUACUCAAUCAUCCGAGAUUCAUGAUCCACACCGUAAAGAAACAUCAUAAAUUACCACAACAAUUGUACCAUCCCUUGUUUCAAAUUUUAUAUUUGUAAAAGAUAACUUUAUAUUAUCCCUUCAUUUUACUUUAGUAUUUACGAUAUCUCGAUAAUUAUGCAUGUAUUGUAAUAAAGUACGAAUAAUAAUUAAUAAGCAUAAUAAAAUUUUCCGUAUUACAAUUGUCCCUGCAUAUUUAUCUAAUCAAAAAAAGUAAAUGCCAUUUGGUUUACCAUAAAUGAUGUUUCAAUGUUAUCAUCAAAAUUUUUACCUUUCUCCACAAUAUGUUGGAAAC